AUGUCAACUCCAUCGGACAGCACAAAUGGCGAAAAAAAAUCUUCUGCGACUGCUAACGGGGAAGCGAAGCAAAAAAACGAAUCAAAGCGUUCAAGAUCCGAGUCCAGACAUUCGUCAAAGGACAAAGACGGGGGUCAAUCGUUUGAUACGGCUAUUCCAGUAUUAUCGGCUUAUGGUUAUGCUCUAGGGGACACUCUGGGGAAAGGUUCAUACGCAGUCGUAAAGGCUGCUUACUCGAGGAAACUUAAAAAACAAGUCGCCGUCAAAAUAGUUACAAAGAAAAAAGCUCCGGAAGAUUAUUUGACCAAGUUCCUGCCUCGCGAGAUUCAAGUCAUGAAACACUUGCGCCAUGAAAACGUCGUGGGACUCCACGAAGCCAUCGAGACGAGCUCUAGAAUCUACAUCAUACUGGAUCUAGCAGAUAAUGGCGACCUCUUGGAGUUCAUAAGAACAAAUGGUCCAAUCCAAGAAGACGAGGCAAGGAAACUUUUCCACCAGCUUGUCGACGCAACGGAAUACCUGCACAACAAAAGUGUGGUUCAUCGGGAUUUAAAAUGCGAAAAUAUUCUACUGAACCACGGUAAUCGAAUUAUCGUCUCAGAUUUUGGUUUUGCGCGCACGCAGCACAUCGUGCCCGAGACUGGAAAGAGGCGUUUGAGUCAGACAUUCUGUGGUUCUUAUGCAUACGCGCCUCCAGAGAUACUACGCGGCAUCGCGUAUGACGGCACCUUGGCUGAUAUAUGGAGUCUAGGGGUUGUGUUAUACACGAUGGUUUGCGCGAGUCUUCCUUUUGAUGACACCAACCUCAAAGUCCUCCUGGAACAAGUGUCGCGAGAGGUGGUUUUCUCGAGACGGAGAAAGGUAUCAGAUGAGGCGAAAGACUUGGUAAAGAAAAUGUUGGUGGCAGAUGUAUCUGUGCGACUUAGCAUAGAGAACAUACGAAAGCACCCGUGGUUUUUGGGAAUAAAGUUGAAUGAAGUUCCGAAGAUCGAGGAAGGGUCUGUGAAGAGCACGCAAAGUGGAUCGAACGAGGCAAGCCGUAGCAGUAGCAAGAGGUCUGGCGAUUCGGGGUAUUCCGGAGACACCGAUAUAUAAACUUGUGAUAAACUUGGAGAUUAUAUAUCUUUGAAUGUGAAGGCGAAGUGUUUCAACGAGAUCUCAGCAGGCAGACAAGCAGAAUACA